AUGACGGCGGCGGCGGCGGCGGUGGUGGUCAUGAGGGUCGAGAAUGGUUCCUUCUACAAAAGUCAACACCAUAUCGCAAGGAAUGAACGGCGCACGGAUGAUAUAAUCUGUGUAGGCACGGGCAUGGGAAUUGGCGAUAUCGAUAACUUUAAGGAUAGAGAGUGCGUGAUAUGCGAUAAUCAGAAGUGGUCGUUCAACAAGAGGGAGCGUAAGGCUGCCAAGCGCUGGCUUGUUUCUGCUUGGAACAAUGAAGGAAUGACAGAUGGUUGGAUAGAAGAGGAGGAUAAAGGAGAGGAGGAGAGGAGAAGAGAGGAGAAGAGAGGAGGAUGA